AUGUCGGUCCAUAUCUACCACAUCGAUAACGAGUCCUUCUUCAUGACUAUCCCGUAUCUCUGGAUCUCGUUGCUGCUCAACGCAGUCCUAUUGUGGUGGGCACUUUCCAAUAUCCUGUUUUCGUCCCUCCCCGUUUUGCACCACUCACAUCCUCAACACAUCGAUGCUGCUACUUGGUAUAAGGCCCAUCCGGUGGACUUGUUCAAUGCCUCGGCUGUUUUCAACACGGUCCACGGAGCAUUGAAGCAGAAAGACUCCAACUUGAUGCCCGUGGGUGUCUCCUUCAUUCCAGCCUACAUCCCGCCAAACACCUUGAUGUACCACUCCACGUCCCAGCCUGAGAUUCCUGAAACAUACGAGUGGAUCGCCAUGGACUGGGAGUUCAGCUACAGCUUUGCAGGCUUCCAGCGGGGCAAAAAACUGCAUUUCAGGCCACCCCACAAGAAACCACACGCGUCAAAGUUGCCCGGCAAGUUUGGAAAACCUCGUGGAGACUCGUACCUCUACACUUUCAGAAACACCAAGCCUUUGGACAAGAUUAUCUACUUGGAGGGUGCUUCUGCUGCUAAAACGGCCACAGGCGAAAUGGACCAGCAGUUGGUGCUCAGCGGCCAGGACAGCUUCGAUGGCAUUGUAGACGAGUACACUGCUGCUGAUGUGAUUUGCAAAUGGGGCAAGGAUUUCGGGCUCCAGGGCUAUAUCCGUUUGGAGGUGGGCUUUGAGAUGGUGCUCUGUGACUUCCACGACGGGAUCGAGCUUGCUGCAAAUGUGUCUUUGGCGAAUGUGACCGAUUUGGCUCAUUUGCCCAACGAGAAGGAAGAAGCUGAAACUCCGCUUGAGAAAAAAAGAGAGAAACUCGUAGAUUCCUGGGCCCACAUGAACGGCUGGGAGUGGAAGAGCAGGUGCUCGUGUCAAUGA